AUGGCCAAUGAGGUUUCAUACCGUCAGGUCGGCCGAGAAAAGGGCCACGUGCCGCCCCCGAGACUCAAGGGUAACGGGGUGCAGCGACAAGGCGAGCGGGAUGCCUUUGGGGCAAGAACUGAGCGAUUUUCAAAGCUCACGGUUAUUCACUCAGCUCUGGCUCACCGCCUCACUCCGCACUAUCUACCACAGAACGACGUGCCUCCGCCUGGAGCGUACUACCGGCGGUCAACCCUUGAAAGGGACGGGAACGUCUGUGGCUCGGUCUCCGCCAAGGGUUACGGGACUGGUUUCCUUUCCAAUGCACCGCGCUUCAAAGACUUGAACACGCUUCAGCAGGCCUAUCUUCCCGGCCCUGGAUCGUAUACGAUUCCGGCGGAGGGUGUACAGGAAGGAACCAAACUGACGUCAUUUUCGAGCUUGAAACGGGUGAGGCUAGCCAGGCAUGCUUACCUUUCGUCACACCCAUACAACACACAGGAUUGCGGGUUCGCGCAGGAUCAUCUUGGAAUCGUCCCUGGACCAGGCGAGUACAACACCGACCGCGGCAACAGAAACAACACCGCCAACAAGAAUCGAGCUGGCGCACCGAAUCCAACGUCCUCGUUCCUCUGCGCAAGAACGCCCCUAAACGUGGGCACCCACCUGGAGACACCGGCGCCAGGCACCUACGAGCUGCUCCCCACGCAGCAUUCGCAUGUCGACAAGAGCGGGAACGUCCUCAAAGACCCGUUCUUCAGGUCACAGACCAGAAGAAACGCCUCUUUUAUUGCCGCAAGCGAUGUCCCCGGGCCCGGGGAGUACGACGUAGAUAGAGGCGUGGCCAACUCGACCGAGGCGUUUGGGUCGGGCGGGGGAAAGGGUAGCGGGGCCGGUGGACGGCCUAGUCAACAGCUUCGCCGGGGCGGCGGCGGACGCGUUAAUGAGGAGGAAGAGGUGACCCCGGGACCUGGCUGGUACACGCCGCACCAAACAAAGGCGCCGGAGAGGUUUUCGUCUUCUUCCAGCAUGUUUCGCUCUGGGACGAAACGGUUUGCGGGGAUUGGGCCGCCGGGUGCGCCGGGACCGGCGUUUUACCAGCCCGAGCCUUUGGGGAAAAAAUCAUUCCGUUGGAAUGCCACCAAGCAAUGGGUCUGA